CGCUCUGCAGCUACCAUUGUGAGGCCAAGGGCAGGUGGGCGGGUUUGGACUUCGCAGGGGCCCUGGGAGCCGCUUUGGACGCGACGCCGUCACGGAACCCCCCUCAAGGCAUGGUACAGAAGAUUAUCUUGUCUCAAAACAUAGCAGACAGAUGAAUAUGUCCAGACAAGCUCAGCGUCUAUAAUCAGCUAUAACACUAUGGAGCCCGACAGCAGAGACGACAUGGACUUGAAAGAAGAAAGCACACAGGUGUGGUCUGAAUCAGCUGAGCAGGAACAGAAUACUGCUCAGGUCCACUUUGUCCCUGAAGCGGGAGCUGUGGCCCAGAUUGUGUACAGCGAUGAUCAGGACCGUCCUUCACAACAGGUGGUCUACACAGCCGAUGGCACAUCUUACACCUCGGUGGAUACGUCAGAGCAUACACUGGUUUACAUCCAUCCCGUGGAAGCCACUCAGGCUCUGUUUACAGAUCCAUCCCAAGUGACAUACGUCCAGCAGGAUGCAUCUACGCAGCAGGUGUCAAUUCCAGUUCACAGCCAGGUUUUGCCUCCUAUGGAGGCUGUGGAUGAUCCUGGUCCUCUAGAAUCUUUGCAUAACCCAAUGGGUAGUAUGGAAGCAAAAGAGGAAAAUGAUGAAGAUGAUGAUGAAGAUGAGGAUGAGGACGAGGAUGAGGACGAGGAAGAAGAGGAGGAAGAAGAAGAAGGGGAAGAUACAGACAUGGAUGAAUGGGACCCAGAUCCACCUCGCCCCUUUGACCCCAAUGACCUGUGGUGUGAAGAGUGCAACAAUGCACAUCCUUCAGUUUGCCCCAAACAUGGUCCCUUGCACCCAAUCCCAAACCGGCCAGUACUGACAAGAGCAAGAGCCAGUCUCCCUUUAGUGCUUUACAUAGACCGCUUCUUAGGAGGAGUGUUUUCCAAACGACGCAUUCCCAAGCGCACACAGUUUGGCCCUGUAGAAGGACCUUUGGUCAGGCAGUCAGAGCUUAAAGACUGCUAUAUCCAUCUAAAGGUGUCCCUUGACAAAGGUGACAGGAAAGACCGGGACCUACAGGAGGACCUCUGGUUUGAGCUGUCCAGUGAGGCUCUUUGCAAUUGGAUGAUGUUUGUGCGACCUGCACAGAAUCAUCUGGAACAGAACCUAGUAGCAUAUCAAUAUGGCCAUCAUAUUUAUUUCACUACAAUUAAAAACAUUGAGCCCAAACAGGAACUCAAGGUGUGGUAUGCUGCCUCAUAUGCAGAAUUUGUCAAUCAGAAGAUCCAUGAUGUAUCUGAGGAGGAAAGGAAAGUUCUCCGAGAGCAAGAAAAAAACUGGCCAUGUUAUGAGUGCAACCGACGGUUCAUGAGCUCAGAACAACUCCAGCAGCACCUCAACUCCCAUGAUGAAAAGUUGGACUUCUUUAGCAGAGCAAAAAGCAGAGGGCGCGGACGGGGAAAGCGAAGAUUUGGGCCAGGUAGGCGUCCAGGCCGCCCUCCUAAAUUCAUGCGCUUGGAAGUGGCAAGUGAAAAUGGAGGAGAAUGUGCAGAAGAGACUCAGGACUUGCUGCAUUUCUCCAGCAAAGGGCAGUUUGAUGAUGCUGGACAAACCACUUUGAAUGGAUUGGACCAACAGGAACAGACACCAGUGCCACCGGAGACCUCGUCUUCAUUAGAUCCACAACUUGAGAGCCACCCAUUGCAGCUCCAACCACAUGAACAGACUGUUGUGGCUACUCAGAGUAUGAUAACAGCAGAUGACAUGCGGCGAGCAAAGCGUAUCCGGAAUGCAGCACUCCAGCACUUAUUCAUCCGGAAGUCAUUCCGUCCCUUCAAAUGCCUGCACUGUGGGAAAGCGUUCCGUGAUAAGGACAAGUUAGAUCAGCACUUACGGUUUCAUGGUCGGGAAGGAAAUUGUCCUCUGACCUGUGACAUCUGCAACAAAGGCUUCCUUAAUAGCAGUGCCCUGGAGAGUCACAUGAAGUUCCACUUGGACCAGAAGACCUAUUCUUGCAUUUUCUGCCCUGAGUCCUUUGACCGCUUAGAUCUGCUGAAAGAUCACGUGGCAAUCCAUGUUAAUGACGGUUGUUUCACUUGCCCUACUUGCAAAAAGCGCUUUCCAGAUUUUAUCCAGAUAAAGAAACAUGUGCGCAGCUUUCAUUCAGAAAAGAUUUAUCAGUGUACAGAAUGUGAUAAGGCCUUCUGCCGCCCUGACAAGCUGCGGCUCCACAUGCUACGACAUUCAGACCGCAAGGAUUUCCUAUGCUCGACAUGUGGCAAACAGUUCAAGAGAAAAGAUAAACUCCGGGAACAUAUGCAAAGAAUGCACAAUCCAGAAAGAGAAGCCAAGAAAGCUGACCGAAUUUGUCGCUCCAAAACAUUCAAACCUCGGAUUGCUUCUACGGAUUAUGAGAGUUUCAUGUUCAAGUGUCGACUGUGUAUGAUGGGUUUCCGGAGACGAGGCAUGCUGGUGAAUCAUUUAUCAAAGAGACAUCCAGACAUGAAAAUAGAAGAGGUGCCAGAGCUAACACUGCCCAUCAUCAAGCCCAACAGAGAUUAUUUCUGUCAGUACUGUGAUAAGGUUUACAAAAGUGCCAGCAAACGUAAAGCCCACAUUCUGAAAAAUCACCCAGGUGCUGAGCUUCCUCCAAGUAUCCGAAAGCUACGUCCAGCUGGCCCAGGAGAGCCAGAUCCUAUGCUGAGCACACACACACAACUGACUGGAACAAUUGCGACUCCACCUGUUUGCUGUCCUCACUGUUCAAAACAGUACAGUAGUAAGACCAAGAUGGUGCAACAUAUCCGCAAGAAGCACCCGGAGUUUGCUCAAAUGCCAGCUAACACGAUACACGUGCCGUUGACAACAGCUGUUAUUAGUGCAACUCCGGCAGUUUUAACGGCUGACAGCACUUCUGGGGAAACCGUUGUGACAACGGAUUUAUUGACACAAGCAAUGACAGAACUGUCACAGACACUGACAACUGACUACAGAACCCCACAGGGUGAAUUUCAGCGAAUUCAGUACAUCCCUGUGUCACAGUCCACAUCUGGCUUGCAGCAGCCUCAACACAUACAGUUGCAGGUUGUGCAAGUGGCUCAAGCUACCUCACCUCAACAAUCACAGCAUUCCACAGUAGAUGUUGGACAAUUGCACGACCCUCAGACGUAUGCUCAACAUGCAAUCCAAGUGCAGCAUAUCCAGGUGACAGAACCAGCCCCUGCAAUCUCCACAUCCUCACAGGUGGGAAGUCAGCCCUUAAGUCCUUCAUCCCAACCAUCUCAGCAGGAACUCAGCCCUUCCCAAAUGCAGACAAGCACUUCGUCUCAAACCCAAUCACAGCAAGGCUCCUCGGUCCAACAAACAUAUCUCCCCAGCACAUGGAACUCAUUCCGCAGCUACCCCUCUGAGAUUCAGAUGAUGACCAUUCCCCAGGGACAGUAUGUGAUUGCAGAGACAGCUGUAGGCACUCCUGUCACUACAGUAAACACAGGCCAAGUCAAAACCGUCGCUCAGACACAUUAUGUAAUAGCGGAAGGUCAAUCUGAACUGGAUGUCAAGCCAAACCUAUCGCUUUCCGGUGGUGUAGAAGUGGAUUUGUCCCAGCCAUCCGCACAUUCUGACUCCUUGGAAUCACAAGCAGCCGGUCAACAGCAAACAGCACAAUUCAUCAUUACAACCACCACCAAUGGCAAUGGAAGCAGCGACGCGCACAUUGAAAAGCCAUGACCUUCCUCUGUGGCAGAGAAAUGAGAUCCGGACGGACCAGCAGACAUUUUAGAUCAAAAUAUGUAGGGCAUCAAGCGUUGUUCUGAAAAGUUGAUUGCUAUAACUUAGAGGUUUUACAUCUCAUGCUGAUGCUUUGAAGAAUUUCUGGCCUAAGUGACAUUUACAAACCUUUGACGGAUGCCACUGUCUUUGGGAGCCCUGGAACAAAGAGCGGUAAAAGGAAAUGGAAACGAAAUUCUUCUCUCAACUCCUUUCCAUCCCCUCUCAGCCUCAUUCUUCCAUUUGUAGGCAGGCAGCAGUGAAGGAGAAAAUAGUAAUUGCUAAACAUAUAACUGCUGGCAGAAUAUGUCUGAAAUACAUUUCUGAUGCUUAGACUUUAAAAAAAGGCGCCUGCCUUAUAUUUCUGUUGGCUUUAUUUUUUUGAAGCAGCCUUGGGCAAAAAAAAAAGGGACUUUAUCAACUUGGAGAAGAAGAAAAGAAUGACUUGGAAUGGAACAAUUGUAAACUGUUAUUUUCCACUGUGUAGGACACAUGGAGCAAUGAAACUGUGAAGCUGUGCGGAAGUAGUUAAAUUAUUAUUAUUGGGACGGGGGGGGGAUUUUUGUUUGUUUGUUUAAAACCUUAUGGACUGUUUUGACGCCAUUUGCGCUGCCCUAAUACUCGGUUCUGGAGAGUAUGAUGGAAGCCGUCUUGGACCCUCACAAGCCUCAACUCUACUGGAAUCAAAGACGCAUAUAUAGGUAACACUGAGCCUGGAUCUUCACCUCUAACUGUGUUCUUUCUAUACAAGAGAGAUGAUUGCUCCCCCACCUCAGAAAACCAAUUAAAAAGGCUCAGUGAUGUUCUGAAA